AUGCAGUUGUCUGCACACACAUCGAGAAAAGACUUGGAAGAUUUCUUUGGAAGAGCUGGAGCUGUACGUGAGGUUCAUCUCAUUGCUGAUCGUCAGUCAAGACGUUCCAAAGGUAUUGCUUACGUAGAAUUUCAAGAGGAGAGCAGUGUGCCUGGGGCAUUACUAUUAAGUGGUCAAAAAGUACAUGGAAUUCCAAUUAUGAUACAACCUACAAUGGCAGAAAAAAAAAUCGCAGCAGCUGCUGAGAAUUUGAAAAAGGCUGAAGGUCCUAAAAAACUCUACGUCGGUUCUCUUCAUUAUAAUAUUACUGAAGAUAUGUUGCAUGGAAUAUUUAGUCCUUUUGGUUAUAUUGAGAGAGUCAGUAUUAUGAGAGACACUGCUACUAAUAUAUCAAGAGGCUAUGCUUUUGUUGAAUUCCGAGACUCGGAAUCAGCCGAAAGAGCUAUGGCCAAUCUCAAUGGAUUUGAGUUAGCUGGUCGUCCCAUGAAGGUCAAUUACGGUACUAUAGAUACAAGUGUAGCUAACAUAGACUCAUUGGAUGGAGAAGAUAUGGAUGUUGGUAUUGGAAUGACCCCUGCUUCAAGAGUGGCUCUAAUGCACAAGUUAGCUGAAGGUCGUAAUUCAGGAUAA